AUGCCCACUUAUAUUGCUCAAGACUUGGAUCUCGCAUUCUUGGCGAAGCAGACCCAUGGAUUCUCUGGUGCUGAUCUCAUAGAGAUCUGCCAGCGCGCAGCAAAGUUGGCCAUUCGCGAAAGCAUCGAGUCUGAUAUUAGGAGACAUUGCGAGCAGAAGGAGAAGGAGGAUGCCGAGGAUGCCAAGAUGGACGAAGAUGAGGAAGACCCUUGCGCUCGUCGGUCGGUGUCAGACCAAGAUAUCAGGCGGUACGAGAUGUUCUCCCAGAACCUGCAACAAUCACGUGGAUUCGGUAACAACUUCCGAUUCCCAGAGGGCGCACCCUCUGCUGGCGGUGCCCCAUCGGCGCCCGCUGGCAAUGUUGGUUUCACGGAUGACUCGCAGGAUGAUGACUUGUACGCGUAG